UGUUGUUGUUGUGUGGCAGCCGUGACUUGUUGUUGACACAAGGUAAUGAGACAGCCCGCAAUUUGCUUGCAUAAGACAGCAGUAUUACACACACACACACACGUAUACUACACAACACACAGACACUGGCAGCUGCUUUUUAUAGCAUACUUUUGAGUGGUGCACAAAUGCUGCACCUCAGUCUUGUUAGUCAGUGAGCAUCACAACAUGGCCAGCGUUGGAGGCUUGGAUUAUGGCGAUAAGUUGCCACCGGUGGGCAGCGUCACCAGCAGCACUGCUUUGGCUAUACGCAACUCGACAAUUAUAGCACAUCGAUUGUCCAUCUACUUGCCCCAGCUGCUGCUGCCCUCCAGAGAUCCCCAGAAGCUCAUCAUGGAAAUCAAUUGCUAUGUGGCACAGUUUCGUGAGCUACUGAUCUACAUUGGCCAAACCCGAGAUUCGCCCGAGUUGCGCGAGAAGAUUCGACGUCUGCGUCGCAGCUGCGUGGAUGCCUGCAAGCAUUUGGCACAUCUGAUUACGCCACAGCCGCGCCAUUGUCUGGGCAGUCCCAGUGAGCGCAUGCAUCUCUCGCUGCUGUUUCUGCUCACCCAGCAGUUUCGGCAUGAGCUCAUCAAGAGCUAUCGUCUCAUCCAGCUGGUGCCGUACGACAUGACCGACUAUUAUGCACCUGCUCGCACUGCGCCCUCGAAUCUGGGCAAUGUGAUUAGCCAGAUAUUGUUGUGCAAGCAAAUCAAUCCGGACUUUCAGCAAGAGGAACUUUGCAGCAUUAGCAAGGAUGCACAAGAGUUGAGUGAGCUGCUCGACAAGCUGCAAUCACAUUUGCCCAACCCAACUACUGAGACAGCCGAGGAAACCGUCGAGCACUCCGCUGCGGCUGCUGCUGCUGUCUGCCUGAAUGCACCGCCAGCCUGGUAUACACAACAUCGUCGUCGCAGCUGCCUCAGCCGCAGUCGCAGUCUCUGCUGUUGUUUUAUGCCAUCCCAAGCGAGUUCGUUUUGAAUAAAACAGCAAUCCGAAUGGCAAAUCGUAAAUAACUUCAGCCUUAACUUAUCUGCGACGCGCAUGCAGGAAAUUUCGCAUAAAGUUCGCACUUAUAAUGUCGGGAAUUCUCAAUUGUAAAACGCAAAAAAAAUAAGUAGUGCUAUCAGCAGCAAUGAUCAGCGUAACAUUCCGUAGAUUUAAUUAUAUGUAUUUAUUUUACAAUCUAUUGUUUAUUAUUAUUUAUUGUUGCCAUUCAUGAAAUGCACUUCGAUUAUGUUGUAUUUUUAAAUUUUCCACUAAAUUAGGCAGUCGGGCCACAUUUCAUUUUUUAUUUACUCACUCUCGAUACAAGUACUUUCAGCUGUCAUUGUUGAAAACCUGUAGCCAGUCAUAAGGAAGUGAAUGUGGCACACACAAAGCAAUAACAAAUGUGUUUGUUGUCUUGUGUGUGUACCGUUAACGUUGAACGGUGUAACGGUUAAUUAAGGGCAGCUCAAAGAUUUAUAUUAAAAUUUCUCUCUCUUAAUCCCAAUUACCUCAUAAAUAUAGCCAGCCAGCCACGUUGCCUGUUGUCAGUUGCCAUCUGCUGCCGGUUGUUGCCAAGUCAUGAAGUGGAAGAGAGCGAAGGCAGAUGUUUGCGUGUUCCACAUUUGAUGUAACGUCGACAGCACUUGUUGUUAUCACUUGAUAAGGACGUAAUCCCCAAUUGCCGGUCUAGUAUUUGAUUAGAUGAUAGUACAAACCCCAUUCACAGGCCCCCCUAAAAGCGAGUUAGUUACGAGUAGAUGUAGGAAAUACACAAGAUUUUGCAAUUCAGGUUUGCUUUCAUAUUUUGUUGAAUAUAUUUUAAUUUUAAAAAUAUGCUUUCGUCUUUUACAAAACAUAUCUCUACAUUAAAAAUAUAUGUAUAGUAUAUAGUAUAUAUUUAUGUGUAUAUGUAUAUACUUUAUGGAGU